AUGGGUGGUGCGCAACAGCCGUUUAUGUACAGUGCCGUCCAGCGCAACGAUGCGCGAUACCCAGAGUCUACGUUCGAUCCUAAGGCCGUCACGAGGGCGAGCUGGGAGCCCAAGAAGUUCAAGCCCAAGCCAGAUGGACCCCUCGUCACCUUUAACCGGCAUCCAGAUGCGCACAUGGUUCUUUCAUACCGAUCGAACAACUACUCAUCAAUGAGCCCUCGCAUUAAGAGUUGGAUUAAGUGGCUGCGCCACUUCCAGCUUCUGCUUCGCGUCCUCGAGCUUGUGGGCGCUGUCGGAAUCUUGGUCCUGGUGAUUCUGAUGACCAAAAUUGAGUCGGUGACUGGCUGGAUCAUGAAGAUCACGCCUGCUGUCGCCACGGCUCACUGCUUGUAUGCCAUCUACCACCUCUGCCGCGAUUCCUCUGGACGACCUCCCGCCUCGUCAUCCGCUUACCACUUGUUUUCCGCAAUGACGGAUGUAGCUGCCGCACCCAUCUAUGCCUUUUGUGCUCUAACGGUGCACAACAAGGGGGACAGCUGGAAGACAGUUCUUGCGAAUCAGCACCUCAUGGACACCUUCGUGCCAGCCGUCUAUUACACUUUCAUCGGCGCAGGUGGCCUUCACUUAAUAUCGCUGUCUGCCUCGCUCUGGUUGGGAUGGAUGUUCCGCAAGAUCAGUCUCAUGCCCCCAGACAUGAACCCGCUUGAGGACAAUCUGACGGCCCGACCUAAACACAAGAAGGCCAAGUCCUCUGUCUCCACACUCAGCACGAUGGAUGCAGACAGCCGACUUUCCACCCCUCGCGAUUCCCGGCGACUCUCGGGCCAUCCCCACAAUGGCGUUGAAGCACCUCCAUCUAUUCCCUUUAUGCAUACGCGGACCGGAUCUAGCACCACUAUCGGAAGCAGAACCUCUCGGCAGUACCAGAUAGUCCCGGGGUCUCGCGACUCGAUUGCUUCCAAGGUUCCUGGAUUUCGUGACUCCAUCGCUUCUAGAGAUACCAAGCGCACCUCUGUUGCUCCGUCAUACCAUCGCGAUUCUUAUACAGAAAUCCCCUUGAAUGAUCCGAACUCUUCUCGACCCCCGAGCAGCUCAAACAGGAACAGCCAGAUUCGUCCAGCCAAAUUCACUGAGACUUGGGUACCUACGGAUUCGCUCAUUUCUCGAACUAACCAGCGGAACCGCGAGAUGGCGGCAUCUAAAACGAGUGCCCAGAACCGGGGCAGCAAGUCUUACGAGGCCCUUACUCAGCGAUACUACAACGACGACUCAUCUGAGGACGAGUAUGGCGAUGAAAACAUUCAGAUCCAUAAUGAUGAGGCCGACCUCGGGGGUGAGCUCCGCCCUCAUCCUCUACGUCUGAAUCCGACAGAAACAGAGCGAUCUACUCCUCCUCGAGCUAAGACACCUUUCUACCCCCUUGGCAACUCCUUGUCCGAGGUUAGUUCGAACACGAGACGUGUUAGUGCCAGCCAGGACAUUGCCGAUGAGAAGCCGGCUUUUGCGUUGGCGAAGCCCUCUGCUCGAAACAGACAGAGUUCCAUCCAAACGGAGGAGUCCUUCUACUCUCGACCAUAUGGCGAGCUUAAGAGUGCAACACCACCCGUCAUAGUUGGUAACAACCGUAAGGUUUCCUCGGGUAACGACUUUGACUCCAAGUAUGCGUCUGGAGCUUACGAGCGACGGAAUGUCAGCGGCAAGGUGGCUGAAGAAGGACGGGGUGGCACUGCUGGGAAUAGAUUCUCUGUCUACGAAACUCGGUUCGGGCGGGACGAGUGGUGA